AUGUCAGGUUACGCUCUUUCACUAGACGGUAUAAUUGGUUUAAGCAUUCAGAAAAAUGUUAAAAUAAAAAAUCAAGCAAAUGUUGUUAAAAUUAGUGUUACUGUUGUCUCAUUGAUGUUUGCUAUUAGUUUAAUUACCAAUACUCUAUCAAUCAUUACGUUCUCUCAACCAAAAACCCGUGAUGUUGGUUGUGGUACUUAUCUGCUUUUCUCAUCUAUCAUUUCACUGCUAACCAUAACCAUUUUCAGUGCAAAAUUCAUUUAUUUACUAAUGACACAAAUUAUGAUGAAUCCAAAUCGUCCGGCUAUGAAUGUUAGCUGUAUUUUACUUGAAUUUCUACUUAAAUUUCUAUCAACUACAGGCGAAUGGCUAAAUGCUGUCGUUGCUAUUGAACGAGCUCUAACAGUUGCACUAGGUGCUACAUUUAAUACAUAUAAGAAAACAAGUGCUAGUAUUGCAAAAUAUGUCUUCAUUCUCGUACUACUCAUUAACAUUAUAACUUCAAUUCAUGAUCCUAUUUAUCGUCGUUUAAUUGAUGAUCGUAUUGAAGAACGUACAUGGUGUGCAAUUACUUAUCAGAAUCGUCCAUGGCUUAAAUAUUAUACAUCUACAUUGAAUAGUAUUCAUUUCAUCAUCCCAUUUGCUAUCAACGUUGUUUCAGCAAUCUUAAUUAUUAUAAAAUCAGGACGUGCAAAGUCCAACGCACAAACGGAUCAACCUUAUAGACAAAUUUUGAAAAAACAAUUAAUUAAACAAAAACAUUUAAUUAUUAGUCCAUUGAUUUUAGUUAUUUUAGCAUCACCACGGUUGAUCAUUUCAUUCGUUUACGUUUGUAUGAAAUCAACACGUGAACCAUAUUUAUUUUUAUUUGGUUAUUUCAUAUCGUAUUUACCAUUUGUAACGCCAUUUCUCAUUUUUGUUUUGCCAUCAGAAACUUAUAAGAAAGAAUGUUUAACUGGUAUUAAGAAGUUAAGCCGAAGACAUUGA